AUGGCAAUCAUCAAACACCUCUACGACAGCAUCUGUUCAACAGAUGCUGUUGUAAGCAUCAUUGAACGGCUCUGGGACCAGGCAAAGGACGACCCUGACCGCGGCCUGAUGUUUGUGCUGGAGACUGCGGCCGAGGUAGCAAUGAUGCACCACGAGCUGACAGUGGUCCGGGAAUCCGCUGUCCCUGUACAAGAGGCCGACAAGGUCGAUCCCGAUCAAUUCGAGCCCGACAAUUUCAAAUGGGAGGACGCCCAGGGCCAGGUCCUGGUGUUGACCUACAGACAACUGGGGUCGAUACUACAGGAGCAACGGCGGCAGCCCAUACCGAGCAUCAGGUUGAUUGCUCACAUGGGGUGUGGCGAAUACACAGUCGAGAUGCUGGCGACUUGUCUGCAGCUCCUCCGUUGGGCCGGGGAGUCCAUGGAGAUCUAUACCGUCUCCAACCUGGAACAGUCCGUGUUUCUCGGAGCGGAGUCGAUCCGCCUUGACGCGCUCGGCAUCGACAUGAGAAGGCGUCCAGAGCGGCGUUGGCUAUCAGGUGACCGUCUACAGAGCGCGAUCAACACCCUCGGCGAGCAAGCGGCCCUUUUCUUCCAAGCCAAAAGGGAAGAAGCCGAGUCUCAGGCCAGAGCAGAAGGCGACGCGGCUGAGCAGCUGAGUGGCGCGCACAGCAACCGAGCAGUGGUAGUCAUGGACAAACUGGCCCUUGACGAGGCACUUGCCAGCGAUGCCGUCCUCCAGGAAAGCAAGGCAUACCUCGAGGCCAUCGGUCUCGGGGCGAUAGACGGCGAGGAGCUACUGACGCACAUCUACUACGAUGAGCACCACAUGAAGCUGCUGCAGUUCGGCCAGGGGAUGGGGUUCACCGGCACGGUGUCCAGAAUCGGCACUGUGCUCGUCUGGCCCCUCAAGAGCGGCAUCAUCUUCGACACGCGCACGAGCCAGAUGGUGUGGCGAAAGAACAUUCUGCUGUCCAAGGCCGAGCUGCGGUACGCGGCUAGGUUCUCGGACGGGCCUGACCUUCCGGAGAUUACGUACUUCCUCGAGGACAAGUCGUGGUACGACCAGCUGCCCGAGCUCACUCGGACCUCACCUGCAUUCACCGGGGACCUCUCCACCCUCCUCCUGGAGCUGUGCCGUCAGGGAUAUCUCGACAGCACGCUCGAGCUGCCGAUCGGGACCCCCGACGACCAGAACAUGGUCCGAGAAUACCUGUACCGGCUCAAAAUGAAAGGCCUGCUCGCAGACGUGAAGAGACCGCCAGGCACGUACCGCCUGACCUCACUGGGCGACCAGGCGGCUUGGUGGUACCACGAUGGCGGUGUUGGGAACCUCAACGUCGCCUGCUUGCUGGCUGCCGUCUCCGGGAGCAUCUCUGACAACAUGGCGCCGCGUGACAAGGCUCGCGCAGCCGCGGUCAUGCGCCUGGCGGCUGUGCUUAUGACACCCGGGUCGCCGCUCACUUCACCCAUCGGUGACCUGCUCACGGUGCUGACAAACAACGACAGCCCUAUGGAGCCGUUCCGGGAGGACCUGUCCACGUACGUCUCGGGCUUCGCAGCUCCUUACGCCCUACGAGGCCCAAUCUGGGCCGCUGUUGGCAUAUGGAGCGCGCUCGCGGGUAAGAUGGAUAUAUUCGGGCUCACGCCAGACAAGGACCCACACUUGACUGCGUGUCAAGAGCUGUUGAGUAUCAGGCUACACACCAUGGUGGCAAUCAUUGAAAACUUUAAGUCGCUCCAGUCUGCGUGGGUUGACAAGCUCCGAGGGCCCUCACUCGAGUUUGAGCCCCAGCUCGGCCGGGAGGACGUCCUGCUUGUCGAGAAGGCUCUGGUGCGGGCGUGGAUGCACAACCUGGCGUUCGUGCCGGUCUCAAUGCACCAAGACGGGACCCAGAUGGCCUUUGCCUACGAUGUCGUGUCCGGCUGCCCUAUCCGCCGCCAGGACAAGGACUUUGUGUUCUGGGGACAUCUCCAGAACACCGAGGACGGCGCGCCCCUGGACAGCAGCGAGGACUUUGCAGGGGUGUGUGCAAUCUACACGCACCUACAGCAAGAUGUCGAGCCCGGUGAUGGUGGCGGAUUCCGCUACACCCCAGACAACCUGACCUUUGUGUCCAUGAGGGCCGUCAGGCAGGUCUUGAGAGACGUGGCGCGCCCUCUAUACCGUGAGGUUCCGGGCCAGAAACCGCUCAACUGGCAGCAGAUCCUGCGGACACAGUACCGGCUGCACCAGGAACGGUGA